GGGCAGAAGGGAGGGGGGCAUCGGCGUAUGCUUGUAUACAACUACCCCCGAUUUCCAUUUUUUUCCCUAACUCGUAAUGUAUUUAAUUCAAGUGAAACGUAAUCAUGACGUGUGUUGUCAUUAAUCUCCUCGCCGCCUCUCCCGGGACUGUUGGAGGUGGUCAGGCAGAUUGCCAUCAUAAGAACACACCCUCUUUAAUUCAAGGAAGUGAAGCAUGGCAUAGACACAUCAGCGAGUAUGGAUUCCCCACCAGAAUGUAUGCUGGCUCUUUCCUGUGAGCCCCCACUGUCUCCUCCCUCCAUGCCAUCCCUGGACCACAGUCCCCAAUUCCUUCCCCAGAGUCCUCAAUCUACCCCUUCCAGCCCUCAAACUGAACUCUAUGCCCCAGUCUCACCCUGCCCCCUUCCUGAAGCCAGCCUCCAAGAUGAGGAGGAGGAGGAUGAGGAAUUGUCGACACCCCCAUCACCCACCCCAGCGGUGGCACUGUUUCCGGGAGAACUGGAACUUGGCAGUCCCUCAUCAGAGAGCAGCCCUCCAGCCACACCACUGGCACCUUUCCCUAGUUUUGGAGCUCUUGAGAAGGCGAUCUCUUCUGGUCAAAGUACCACCUGCAAUGAUGAGCUGGAUCUUCAGCUUUUCAACAAUGAGAGCAUAGCUGUGACCGGAGGAACUAGCUCUGGGCCUGGCCUAAGGUUCCCUUGUCAUGUGUGUGGAAAGAGAUUCCGCUUUCAAAGUAUUCUUUCUCUUCACGCUCGAGCGCACAGUUUGGACAGAGAGCGACGGGCUUCAGCUCCCUACCGAACCACACACUCCAAACUCCAGCAAAACCAUGAGAGCAACAGCAUGAUCCAGAAUCCAUUAUCUGGGUCAUUUCAGAAGAGUAUGAAUGAAGACAUGGUCCCAGAGGAACCUCUUCAAACUGCUAGCAGCCCUCAGUUCCUCUUUGAAGGAACCACAGCCCUGACUCCACCUUUAACUGAGGAAGCACCAAUCUCAACCUCCUUCUCUCCACUUGGCCAUGCGCAGUUGGAAGACAACACCCCCUCCCCUGCUGCUCCUGCCUUUCGGUGUCACGCUUGCAAGGGAAAGUUCCGUACCGCUUCAGAGUUGGCUCGUCAUGUUCGGAUUCUCCACAACCCUUAUAAAUGUACCAUGUGUCCCUUCUCUGCCAGUCAGGAGGAAAGACUGGCUGCCCAUCUGCAGGAGAGCCACCCACCUGAGGAUCCUCCUGCUGAAGCAGUUUUCCCCUCUGGCGCUAUAAAAGCACCACCAGAAACUCCCGUCCCACAAAUGUCUGUAAUUCCAGCUUUCCGAUGCGAGACAUGCGGGCAGCGUUUUACACAGUCCUGGUUUUUAAAAGGGCACAUGAGGAAGCACAAGGACUCAUUGGAUCACAAGUGCCAGGUGUGUGGCCGUGGCUUCAAGGAACCAUGGUUCCUCAAAAACCAUAUGAAGGUGCAUCUCAACAAGCUGGGCCUCAAGGCUGGAUUGGGAAAUCUGGGUCCACCUGGAGCUGAUCAAUCCAAAGGUCCUGCAAGCUCACAAGUGCUUGGGGCUCUUUACUCUAACUUGCUCCUGGCUCGCAGCAUGGCAGGUGGUGGUGGUUCGGGAAGUCGCACAGAGAGGUCAGAUGCUAGUGCGGGCUCAAGCAAAUCCUCUAUAUUGGGCUAUCUGGGCUUACCUAAAGAUAGCAGCAACGGAAGUUGCAUGGAGCGCCUUCAGGCAGUGGCACAGGUUGCAGAAAUGGGUAACGGAGGAGGACGGGGAGGUGACUCAGCAGACGGAGCAGACCAGGCAGCCAUGUGGCAGCUGGUUGCCCGCAGUCUGGUGGCAGCGCAGCACAACCAACAGCAACAACAGCAGCAGCGAUCCCAUUCACUCCAUCAGCAUCCUUCAUCACGAGCAACAGUUGCUGGGGAAGCCAAGAACAUGAGGGCCUAUCUCGGUGGACUGGGUUCCAGAGAGGAACUGGAUGGAUCCAGUGCACCUUGGGAGUGUCCAGAUUGCGGCAAGCUGUUCAGAAGCCUCCAGCAGGUGGUUGCUCAUGCCCAUGUCCAUGUCCAGAAAACACAGAAAGGUCAAAGUGCCAGAGGGGGCAUGUCCAGGGAAGAGGACAUCAUAAACAGAGUCAGUGGAACUCAGGCAACAGGCGGAGCAGGACAGAGAACUGGUGAAAAUGAGAGCAGGCAGGAGGGAAAGCAGCUCCCAUCAGGAGUCGGGGCAUCCGGGAGCUUCCAUUCUGUCAUAUCACAUCUUUCUGGUCAGAACGGUCUGAGGGGAUCAUCCCCUUCCUCUUCAUCUCCAAGAGAGCGUGUUCGUGGAACAGGGAUGAAAGAUUGCCCCUACUGUGGAAAAGCCUUCCGGUCUUCCCAUCACCUUAAAGUGCACCUUCGAGUACACACAGGCGAGAGGCCAUACAAAUGCCCCCACUGUGAUUAUGCUGGCACCCAGUCUGGCUCUCUCAAGUACCACCUUCAACGUCAUCAUCGUGAGCAAAGGAAUGCUAUGGCAACCUCCCCAAACUCUCCAUCGCCUAGCCUACCGUCUCUGACCGGGUCUCCUCGUGAAGGUGCCAAAAAACGCCGUCUCCCUUCCAUGUCCCAGCAGUCUUCUUUCGGGAGGGUUCCUGGAGAGGCUCCUUCCUCAAGGCACACACAGUCUUGGACUAUAGGCCUGUCAGAGAAGAAGGAGGGCUCUUCUGCAUCUGCACAUCAUCGAGAGGGAGACCUUGAAAGUCAGUAUCGGGGUCUGUCAGGCAUGAUGGGUGCACUGUUACCUAGUGGUUUAGAGCAAAGCUGGAUUGGGGAGGUAACACUUCCUAAAGUGCCCAAAGUAUCUAGACGAAAACCUCAAAUUACGAGCCGUAUGGUGUCAGCGAAUGGCUUUCAGGACAAGAUGACAUCCCAGGAAGGAGGCUUUGAACCUCUGGACCUUUCCCGUCGCCCUUUACAAGAUGAAGGAGGAGUGAGCCAGUCUGGAAGUGGACCUUCAAGUGGCUCUAAAGGGGGGAAUGACAUCCUCAAUCAAUGCGUGUUCUGUCCCUUCCGAACCUCUUCUGUUGAACUGAUGGCCAUGCACCUGCAAGUUAAUCACACCAGCAAGUCUCGGCGCAAGAGGGGUGCACCUAUCAGUUCCAACAAUCAUUCUCAAAAGUUGGCCAGGCCAGAUCGGGAUCCCCUGGCUUUGUGGAAGUUCCUCGGUGUAGAGGAUGGAGUAGCAUCUCCUGAAGAUUGGGUCUCGGCAAGAGCCGAGAAUGGAGUCAGUCCGGAGAACAGGGAAACAGAGGACAACUUGGAGCUGGCGUCUGGAGCUAUGGGAAGUUUCAGAAGCAGAAAAAAGAAACCUCAAAUGAGCGAACAUGUGGAUGAGGAAGACGAGGAGAUUGAUGAGGAGGAGAAUGACCUAGAAGCGAAUGGCAGCUUUGCGAACGUCCCCCAAAAUCAGAGCAGAAGGGCUCAGUCGGUUUCAUCAGACCUCCCGGAUGAUGACUUGCCUAAGGAGGAGGAAGGUGUCUUGGGGGAAUAGCAUCUAAAGAGAGCCCUGGAUGAGGUUGGAGGUUGAGGGAGCGGAGGUUGCAUCCCUCGAACCAAGGGCAGACCAGUCGCUAUGCUAACAUACUGUACAGCAUGUAAUCAGUUAGCAGAUCAGUGUUCAAUCCCUUCACAUACCCUCCUAGACCCCAUUGGUUAGCGAUCGUUUACCUCUACACACACACACACACACACAGGAACUCAAUCACACAGCGAUAUCCAGUAUUGUAUGCUAGUCUAAGCCUGUCUGUCUCGGGGCCUUUUUGAACACUGUUCUCUAGUUCCUGUCUUCUCGUCAGUGAACACAAUUGCCAAGUUGUAUUUCAAGUACAAUUUCCUCGCUGUGAAUCUUGCUCUCAUCUCAACCAGGACCUGGAAUGUCAAUCUGGGGAGCCGGAAAAGCAAAAAAGAGACACUGUUCUUAAUCACUAUGAUAUACAGUAUUAAUGCUGAGAGAGACGCUAAGCGCAUAUCGAACGGACAUCCUACUUCCAUGUAAACUUGACCUGACAGCACGUCUUCAGUAAACCAAAGGAGUGAGCACACUUCUUACCAUGCACCUGCCAGACUCUGAACUGAAUGCUGUGAUAA